GUGAUAUUUCUUAUGUCCUUCGAUCUGCUUCCCAGUGAGAUAUCUGCUGUUCAAAAUCUCUUUAUUUGUCAAUUGAUCCAAAGUUUCUAUGAGAGAAAAACGAAAAUUUGACAUUUUGAAGGACUGAUGGGGAUAUCAAAGCUUAUUGGGCUCAAGGCAGCAGCUUUAUUCUUACUGUUCCUCUUCUUCAAACGCCUUCACCUCCCAUUUCUUUCCAUACCCAUUCUAUACUCUUCUUUAAUCUCAUUUUUAAUUUCCAUAGCCUCACAUCCAUAUGUCAACCUCCCUCUUCUUCUGGGUAAAUCCUCUGAUGGAACUUUCCCACUUUGGACAACACUUAUAUUUGGACCUUUCCUGUUUUUCAUACGUAUUUUUGUUUUAUUGAGGAGGAUGUUGAUUGGUGAACCUCUGUUUACUGAGAUUUCUGAGGGUUUAUUUGUUGGGGGUUGGCCUUCUUCUCUGGAACAUUUACCACCUUGUAACCCAGCUGUUAUUGAUUGCACCUGCGAGCUACCAAGAUCAUCUUCUCUUUCACAUAAUGCAUAUAUAUGUAUUGCAACAUGGGAUACUAGAGCUCCUCAACCAUUCCAAAUUGAGUCUGCUGUUCAAUGGGGAUUGAAGAAGAGGGCUCUAAAGAAACCUGUAUACGUCCACUGUGCCUAUGGUCAUGGCAGAAGUGUUUGUGUGAUGUGUGCUCUUCUAGUCACACUAGGCCUUGCUGAAGACUGGAAGAAGGCUGAAAAAAUGAUAAGGGAAAAACGUCCCUCCAUCCGCAUGAAUGACCUUCACCGCAGAAGCUUGGAAGAAUGGUCGAAGAAUCGCGUCACACCCAAACGGGUCGCACAAACAGCUGUGAGUUCUCUGUUCUUGUCCAACACUUCUCUGAAAAAGUAAUUUCAGUAAAAAUAGAAAUUGGAAUAAAAAAUCACAAAUGGGAAGUUGUCACUUGUUUGAUUGAAGGAAAAAAAGUAGUUUUCUUUAUUUUAAUACUUUUGUUUUUUUUGUU